AGCUCCAGCAGUCGAUUAAACAGAAGAUUCACACACCAAACGAACACUCAAUCAAUCGCAUCAUGUCCAAGCUCAGCAUUUGCCUUCUGCUCGUCGUCGUCCUGGUGGUGGCCAUUCAGGCCGAUGGCGAUGGCGAUGGUCGUCGCCCCUGCGAGGGCCGCUGCACCAUCCGGGACCUGAACAGCCCCAGGCUGCUCUGCGUGCGGGAUCCACGCAGCAACACCUGCACCAAGCUGCGGCCCUGCCGCCUCCGCGAGCUGAACUGCCGCCGCCGCGACUCUGGCCUGGCACCGCUCAAGGCGAGCUGCACCACCCGCUGCCGCAACAUCCUGGGCGGCAGCGGCGUCAGCGGCCAGUGCGCCAAGCGCAUUCGCACCCAGGCGCCCCGUUCCUCGGACUCCAAGCGGGUGCGCGAGUGCCGCAGGCGUAAGUGCAUCGACGACAACAUCGCCGGCUGCUGGAAGGAUCGCCAGGGUGCCUGCAUCGUGCAGACCCGCUGCGAGGCAAGCCGCAGGAACUGUGUCCGCCAGUCCAACCAAUGGAUCCGCACCAGCCAGUGGCGCUGCAGUGGCAAUGUCCAGGGUGGCGGAGCUCGCAAGUGCCGCAACCAGCCCAUCGUCAUCAAGGAUUAGACCAAGGCCCUACACCUAAUCGGCAACCCUGAAAA